GGCAUGCAUACUACACAACUUCAUAAGAUCUGGAGUAUGAUCAGUGGGGAACUCUUUCAAAACGAAUACCAUUCUCAGUCAUCCAAAUUUAACAUUUUUUUCUCGAAAUGUUCUCUUUUCUCAUCCCAUUGUGGGACGCUAAUAAGUUUACUAUUGCUUCCGUGACCUCCAUAGUCUUCUUAGCCUUUGCCGGUCUAACACUCGCCGUUUGGACCGUGGCAUUAGUUGUAUCCGCACCGCUUUUCAUCAUUUUCAGUCCGAUUCUCGUACCCGCGACUAUAGCCACUACCCUCCUAGCCACUGGGUUAACGGCCGGUGCCACGCUCGGACUGACCGCCAUUGGCCUCAUCAUGGGGCUCAUUAAGACUGCGGAAAGAACUCCGUUGGCUCUGUCAGCCCAAAGACCAUUGAAACUGCUAAAGUUUUGGGGUGGAUAUUGGGGAUUCUGGGGAGGGAAAACAUUUUCAGGAUCAUUCGGAGACAUUUUAAAAUGGUUAAGAAAACAACCUUGGUACAAAGGUAUACCAGCAGGCGGAGCUGCACCACCGGCGGCAGGAGCUGCACCACCAGCGGCAGGAGCUGCACCACCACCAGCAGCAGACGCUGCACCACCACCACCACCAGCGGCAGGAGCUGCACCACCACCACCACCAGCGGCAGGAGCUGCACCACCACCGGCAGGAGCUACACCACCACCAGCAGGAGCUGCACCACCAGCGGCAGGAGCUGCACCAGCAACUGCACCACCAGCGGCAGGAGCUGCACCACCGGCGGCAGGAGCUGCACCACCAGCGGCAGCGGCAGGAGCUGCACCCCCAGGGUAA